AUGGGUCUUUGUCCCAGUUUGGGGCGCGGUGGCACCAAAGCUACAGCAACGUGUUCAGGGAGAGGUAAAUCGGUACAUUUCUUUGAUGACGAGUCACAGCAGGAACUUGAUCCACGGUGUGUGCAUGGUCUCCAUCCACCUGCACAACCUGCAGAACAGACCUCCACUCAGUUAAGUAGAAAAGCUGGUUCAGAAACCAGACCUUCAGGUGAGCUGCCCUCCUUUUCAUAUUUUAAGUGCUGCUUGUUUUACAUGCCCAUUUGUCAUGCCUCUUUUAAAAACUGAGAUUAGGGGCUUCCUAUGCCUCAGUGAUGUCACAGUCAUUUUUUUCCUUCCAAAAGCUUGUUUUCAUUACAGUGGUACCUCGGGUUACAUAUGCUUCAGGUUACAUACGCUUCAGGUUACAGACUCCGCUAACCCAGAAAUAGUACCUCAGCUUAAGAACUUUACUUCAGGAUGAGAACAGAAAUCGUGCUCUGGCGGUGCGGCGGUAGCAGGAGGCCCCAUUAGCUAAAGUGGUGCUUCAGGUUAAGAACAGUUUCAGGUUAAAAACGGACCUCCGGAACGAAUUAAGUACUUAACCCAAAGUACCACUGUAUAUUCUAUAGAACAGGGGUGGGGGACUUGGAUCAGCUCAACAAAUUGGAUCCCUUGGUCCCCAGCCUGCCAUGGGCCAGCUUUGACUAGAAGGCAGGGCCACCCCCUGUCAAUCACACAAUGUUGUAAAGAUGUCAGGUGAUUGACCCCUAUCAGAGUUCAAAGGGGGGGUGUCUUGUUGCAACAGUUGGCCAGCUCAUGGGCAAUUAUAGCGACCCUCUUUGAAGGUGUGCUUCCAGCAUCAAUCAGCUCAUUGGCAGAGAGAGUGAGAGAGAGCACCCACUUUCAAAGGAGGGGGUUGCUCAGGUAGCUCAAAGUAGCUUGCUAAAAUGGGGUUUGUGUGUGUGCUCUUUUAGCAUGAAAUUUCAACGUAAACUACUUCAAAACACAGCCCUGGUGCACUCAGUCCCCAUGGUUCUUCCUGUCAGUUCCAACCAGCUGAUUUCUCCUUUGCAAGCAGAGCUUUCCAACAGCACCAAUCAGGAUUUAAGCUCCUGGUUGUUCCUUUGUAGCCACAUUUAUACCUGGCCCACACCUGAUGUCGAACAAGAGUGAACUUUAAUUCCUAAUACCCCUAUUUGCAUGGGAGUUGAGUUCCUGGUCAUUGCACGCAUCGGCAGACUUUGUGGGCCAAAUUGAGACGUGCUGUGCCUAUGGGCCAGAGAUUCCCCAGCCCUGCUAUAGAACCAUGGUUUUUCUCAGAGCUUCAGCAAAGAAGAGGUGUACCCUUGUAUGGUAUAGUAAGGGGUAUGAUGACAUCAUCAUACACAGGUACAUCACAGGUGACUCAGGUAGCACUGCACACGAUUAUAGCCUUAGUUGAAUUCUUAGUUUCCUAAUUUAGGAAGGCUUGCUAAGAGAUGCACAUGUGCACAUCCCCUUCAGCAUACAAAACUAAUAACAAGAAUGCGGACAUUUGAUUCAUAUGGUUUGGUCAGAAGUACUUUGUGCAGCAUUUCCCUCGGUAUCAGCCUAAACAAAAUACUGCGUUCUUCCCUUGUGAAUUAGGAAACUUAAAUUCAGCUGCCUUGUCAGUUUUGUCAUAAGCCCACCCCAUUACGCUGAGUCCCAUUCCUCCCCAUUUCAUCUCUCUUCCAGGUCCGAAAGGGGCACCUGCGUGCACGGUUGUGCAUGCUUUGAAUGUGUGGAAAAUGGGAGUUUCCUGGACCUGAUAUCCCAAGCACCAAUAGCAAGAGGCUUUGGACAAACUUGGUAGCAGUUGAGCUAUGCCCUGCUGCUUAGUGGUUCACAAGGAGCCUUGGCCUGCUGUACUCUGCCUUUUUCUAAAUUUUACUCUCUUGAAUCAUGCCCUUUUUGAGAUGCCAAUGAGAUGCAAAGAGCGAUUCUUUUACUUUUAUGCAUAUAUCUUCCCCCACUGUUGUGCGCCUCACCCCUGACCCUUGCAUAAGUAGUUUUUUAAUCGCAUCGUUUUGACAUUCUGAUAGAAAUGGCAGGAAGAAGGACUCUUGUUUUGCAUUUAGGAGCAAAGGUCACACAGGAAGAUACCUUUCUUUAGAAGCAAGAACCCCUGCAACUCUUUCCAAGGUUCUCUGAUGCCCACCAGCUCAUAUGGCCUUGCACUUCCCUUGCUAGCCAUGUGUUGUAACUGCAGGCAACUCUCAAUAGGAAUACAAGGCUGAGGCAGACACCACAAAUGCACAUGAACUGUAAUCACAGUGGCACAGAUUACAGUCACAGAAGCUCAGGUUACAAGUCAGCUGCAUUUUUUCCAGUGGAAGAGAGCCUUACAUACAAUCCGUCACACGCAAAUAUGUCUUCCGAAAAAUGGUGGUCCUUAUUUCAUGUGUUCUACCUCAAGCACACCUGGUGCAACUCACAAAGCCCUUGAUGAGUUGCAUUGGGUACGCUUGAGACAACACCUGUUGUAUUUGUGCUGUUGCGAGGAAUUCCAUUCAAGGGGUUGAAUAAAAGUGAGACUGGAGAAGCUGCUUUUUCAGCUGAAUUUAGAGAAACCACUUGAAGCAUCCGUUGUGUUGAGCUAUUUCAAUUGCUUUGGUUUGAUUUGCUCAUUGCUAACAGCUGAAAGUAUGUAAAUGUUGAUAAUACCCCUGCUUUGCAAAGGGAAUUGAAUAAUUUCGAUUGCAACUGUAGUUCUAGAUUUUCCAGGUUUGUGAUGAGGGUUGUCUUGGAAAUGAUGGCUCCCCUGCAUAUGUCAUGAGGGAAUGCCAAAUCAUAUAAAAGUGGCUGGGGGAUCUAGUCCUUGUCGAAAUCUCAGGUUACAUAUAACUUGCUCCAUUAUAGCUGUAUUUCAGAGUGAGUGGUACCAAGCGUCCAGUGUAAGAUUUCAGGCUGUUUCCCAAUGAGUUGCUUGCUUUCCACGCUGCCAAGCUCAUUUAUCAAGCAGUUUUUUUGACAAUAUAUUUACAUUGGUGUCAUCAAAAUAUUCAGCAACGUUAAAUUUGGACAACAAACAGUAGUUUCUUCCGUAAUACUCUUAUCAAAAUUAAAUUCCAAAAAUCUUGCACCAACUGACAUUCCCAACAUAAAAGAUAUGUAUAUAGUUUAUUGCAAUCCUCCCCCCAAAAUUAGGUGAUAUAGAAGAAAGCAUUUUUGACAUGUGCAAAGGAGUGCAGUACUGUCUGUGUAGUACAGGCAACCCCUGAUUUGUUCUGGGGUUGCAUUUCAGGUUAUCACUCUUGCUGCUUCCAGGGUUCCUGCAAUCCAUGCAUGCACAGUCAUGCAUGGUUAGAACUUGCGCAAAAUAGUUGUUGCUUGUAAUUUUAAGGAGUUUCCUCUAAGGAAACUGGAAACAUAUGUUAAGGGUCACGGUUCCCAAAGUUUAUUCCUUGGGAAGAAUUUGUGCGCCAAUGUCAACUGGUUAGGAUGUCACCAGCACUCCACACAUCAGCAUUGGUGACCUCACGCUUCAGUAGGUAGACUACUUACUUUUUUCACUAUGUUGAUGGGACACAUCACAGUUAGAUGAGUGAGGGGAGGAGAAAAACACAGUGGUACACCUGAAUCAGCAAAAUCAGACAUAUUCAUCUGCCACAGCUGCAACAAAACAUGUCUCUCCCACAUUCAUCUCUAACCUACAGCAGGCGCUGCAACUGCCAACAGUUUGUUCUUGGAGGUUGCCAAUUUGGAGGACACUGCCCUCUUUGUCCCCAGCCACCAUAUCUAUAUCUCCUUUUUUAUGCCCAAAGUUCAUAGACUUUGUGUGUAUAGUACAUUGGACGCAACACUAUGUUGAUAAGACACAUCCCAGUUAAAUGAAUGAGCCUACUUUGGUGGCUAGAGUGGAAACUAGCCUAGAAACUUGACUGCAGUUCUCAAUAUGUUGUGUUUAGAUAACUGAUUUUAGGGGAUAACAAAUCAACAAAACCAAUUGUUUGUGGAAGCAUUGUGGAUAGCACCCCAAAUGUGUGCACUUGACCACAAGUCUGUCUUCAUUGCAGGCAUGCAUGGUCCUGGCAAAUUUACCAUUCAUUUCCUUUGGUAGGUUGUUCACAUUCCCACUUUUUCUGGCAAACAGGUAGCUUGGUUUUUGGAAAAUGCUCUUGUCUAACCCCCUAACUCCGUGCUUGUUUGUGUUUGGCAACAGGUACAACGGGUAAACCAUCAUCACCACCCCCUGCAGUCAUUGAUGUGAGGCAGAUGAAUGAGAAACUGGAGACCAUUUUGUUUCAGCCAUGCCAGGAGCGGGAUGAGUUGAGGAAACGUCUUGCACUGUCGUCUCCUGGGUCAACCUUUGAUGAGUGCAGGUAAAAGACUGAACGGUCACAUGAGGGUAUAUUUCCAGGUCUAAUGCGUGUGCACUUGGGCAUGGGUCUUUGGCUCUUUUCCACGGCACAGCUGUUUGAGUUGGGGGGGCAGUAAAGGAUGCCUAAGAUGGCUCAGUCAGACAACAUGAGACACUUAAUAUCAGGGUUGUGGGUUACAGCCCUGUGUUUGGCAAAAGAUUCCUGCUUUGCAAGGGGUUGAACUAGAUGACCCAGUCUUUGUUAGCUAGUGAUGUUAUCUUUGCAAAUUACUUACACCACCAGUGGCCAACUCCAUGUGGGUACAGAGUAUGCUUAAUGUAUUCUUUAUGCUUCAUAUAAAGUAACCUUUAUGGGAGGGUGCAUGUUUUCUUUCACCUUAAUACAGUGGAACCCCUGUUGUCAAGCAUCUCAGGAGCAACUGCUUCCAUUUUUGAACAUGCCUCUGAAGCCGAACGGCUUCCAAGGCGCAUUUCUCUCUUUUCUCAAUGGGGCUUGCCAACUCGGUUGUUGAGCAUUUCGGAAGCCAAACUGGCUUCUGGAAUGGAUUAUGUUUGGCAACCGAGGUUGCACUGUACUUAAAAUGUUUGAUGUGUAUACAUGUGAAUUUUAUGCUAAGGUCAUGCUCAUCUGAUAUCUAUCCUGGUGGGCCGCCUAGCCACAAGCCAAACCAUGAAUAUGAAAGGCUGAAGAUUCAGUGCAUGAAGGCAAUGCCCGAUCUGCAGUCUCUACAGAACCAACACACCAAAGCGCUAAAAAGAUGUGAAGAGUCUGCUAAGGAGGCUGAUUUCUAUCAGUAAGUAAAGGCACACAGCAUAUGCACAGAGAUGCAUUUUGGUUUCCUUUUACCAUUAUUACGUGUCUGUUAAGCUGCCUUAGAUCUUAAUGUUCAAAGGUCCUUCAUAGCUUUUUUCUUAUCCCCAGCUUCAGUCAACUUUUAAAAUGGCAUCAUUUUAACAUCAAUAGAGAGAUAAUGUUCAGAGCUUUUGGUUGCAGAUUUAGGAUUAGUUUUUAAAAAUCUUUGAAGACGGAGAGCCAGUUUCUGAAAAUUAUGGUGGGGAGUAUAAGCUUAGCUUGGUGUGGAAUGAAUCGAGUUUAGCAACUGUUGGGUGACUUCCUCAGUCUCCAGCGAUUUGAUGAUACUUGUCCCCUGCUUCCCCCUUUCAGAACCCUGCUUUCACCAGCUCCAAGUUGAAGUCCAGUGCAGUAAAUGACACUGCCAAGGAGGAUUCUCUUAAGGGCAAUUAGGUAUCAACAAAAUUCACCACACCAAGCAACAGUGCAAAAUCUGGUGGUUUCUAAUGGUGGAUCUUUCUUAAUUUUUUAACUUCUUUAUCAAAUUGGAGGAGAUGACACUAAUUUCUGUGUUUGAUAGUGUAUAAUGGUGGUGACUAAACUAUGAUCCUCCAGAGAGUCUUGGAACACAACUGAUGCAUGCUGGCUGGGCUGAUGGGGAGCCCAACAACAUCUGGAGAUACACAGCUGGAUAGAAUUAAUAAACCCUUCUGAGUCCGGAGGAUUUGCUGUAUUUGUGGUGGUUCUUUUAUGACUUAACAGGGAUGCUUACUCGAUAAAGCAACGUUGCUUUUCCACGUUUUCUAAAAUGGCUUUUUAAUUGCCGUUGGAGCAUUUUUAUAUGUAUGUUUCUAAUAUCUGAACAGUACACUGCACAGUCGUCUGCUGAGUGACCAGUCGCAGGUGGAGGAGGACAUGGACACUCUGAAGCGGAAGAACAACCAGUUGGUACGAGAGCGCGAUCACCUCCAGCAGUCAUGUGAGGAAAUGAAGAGACUUCAUGAUGAGGAUCUGAAGGACAUAACAGACCUGCGCAGUCAGCUGCAGCAGGUAGCCUUUGCUCUGUUUUUGCCAGCUGAGUUCAGCUUCUCGUUUAUUUUCUAUUCUCUUCCCGCUCCCACUGAUUUCUGAAGUGUUUCGGGGGCGGGUUUCAGAAGAGUGUCUCUUCCAUUCCAUUUCUUUAAUAGUAAAGGUAAAGGUACCCCUGCCCGUACAGACUCUAGGGUUGUGCGCCCAUCUCACUCAAGAGGCCGGCGAGCCAGCGCAGCACACGGAAACGCCGUUUACCUUCCCGCCAGUAAGCGGUCCCUAUUUAUCUACUUGCACCCGGGGGUGCUUUCGAACUGCUAGGUUGGCAGGCGCUGGGACCGAGCAACGGGAGUGCACCCCGCCGCGGGGAUUCGAACCGCCGACCUUUCGAUCGGCAAGCCCUAGGCGCUGAGGCUUUUACCCACAGUGCCACCCGCGUCCCAAUUUCUUUAAUACACAGUGCUUAUUUCUUUUCUUUAAUUUCCAUAGAGGACCAACCCACCCACCCCAAAAAAACUCAGCAUCUGUGAUGUCAACUGCAUGUAGAAGACCAAAAGGGAAUAUUGCUGGUUUCAUAUCAGAGAUGUGAAGGAUGAUGGGAGCUGUAAUCCAACAAUAUCUAGAGGGUGCCACAUUGACUGCCCCUACUACAUGGGGGUGUUUUCUAAAUCAGGUGUGGGCAGCUUUAUUCCUUGAAAUCCCUCUCCUUUCACAGCCUUGAAAACGUAUUUUGAAUGUAGCCUACGGGUAUCUUUAAGAGAGCCUCGGCUUAUUCAUUUCUUCUUUAACCCUGCCGUCCUUGUGUAGCAUCCAUUUGUCAACACGUGGAGCUGUGUCUUUGUCAACCCAUGUAGUUUCAAAGGCUUUUUACUCAGCACUAGAUGCAGAAAAGGCUUUUGACAGACUAUAUAAAGAAUUCAAGUAAAAAACCAAGUAAUAAUUUGGCAAAAUUGGGUGAAAAAAGGUAUUUUGACAUUGAAUCAAUUAAUUGAUGAAAAUUACAAAUUUGUGGAAUAUAAGACUUUGCAAGUAAAGUAUGGAUUAACUAGUGAAACACAAUGGCAACACAUCCAAUUGAAACAUAGGUUGGAAAGGCAGUUUGGCCCUGACGCUAUAGUAGCAUCAGAAACACCCCUGCUGCUACAAGAUUUAAUUUCUGCAACAAAAACAAAAAACUCUACACUUGCACUAUAUAAAACCCUACUCAACAGGAAGAAAUAUGAUUUUGAAUACAAAAAUGGAGUGAAGAGUUAGGGGUACAGAUGAUAUAUGGGAGUCAAGUAUAAAAUCAACAGAAAUAGCCUCUAUGGAUCUAAGACUAAGACUGAUUCAGCAGAAAAUAAUAUUCAGAGUCCACUGGACUCCAACAAAACUUUGCCAGAAGAAAAUAACAAAUGCAGACAACUGCUGGAGAUGUGGAAGUAAAAAUGCGAGCUUAGUACAUAUGAUGAUUAACUGCCCAAUGAUAAGAUCAUUUUGGUGCGAGGUGAAGAUAAUAAUAAAUAAUAAUAAAUUUUAUUUAUAUCCCGCCCUCCCCAGCCGAAGCUGGGCUCAGGGCGGCUAACAACAAUAAAAAUAAUCCAGCACUCUAAAAACAUUCAUUAUAAAAUUAAUUAAAAUCAAAUUGAUGGCAACCAUUAAGCAAAAGAUAUAUAUAGCAAGAGUAAUAAAAAGAAAUUGUUAUUUAAGGGAAUUGAAUUGAAUUCUAAAUUAUAUACCGGAAACGUGGGAGAUUACAAGGGGUAAAAAAAAAAUGGAUGUACCGUGCCAUAUUAGAAGCAAAAAAACUUGUUUUGAAGAAUUGGAAGAGCCACAAAAAGAUUCCAUUGAGCACAUGGAUUGACAAUAUGGACAGACUAGCCACAUAUGAACGAAUUGCAUGUCGACGCAAAUUAAGAAUGGAUAAAUAUGAAGAAAUCUGGAAGAAAUAUUUAAGCAAUAAGGCGGACGGUGGUGGGAAGUAGGGGGAUGAGAGGUGGGGAAAUAUUGUUAAAAAGGUGUAGUCAUAGGUAUAUUAGUACUCAAAUCUGAAAUGUUAAAUUGUGUUAUUAGUGUUAUUGCGGUUUUUGUUGUGUGUGUUUUUUGUGGUUGUUGUUUGUAUUGAAAAAAUGAUUAAAUAAUAAUAAUAAAAACCGGCAAAGGGUUCUUUUGCUCUGAGUAGUUUAUGAACACUCUCUGGAAAUAGAUGCAUCCCUACCAAUUGACCCCAAUAAACGUGUAUUAACAUUGACAGGGCCAUAAAAACAAGUGUUUCGAAAGCAAUCCAUUCUCCCUUUGUUGAGAAUAUAUUUUAAUGGUUUUAGCUUAAUUUUGAGCAUUACGCAUCUAUAAUAGGGCUGCAAUGGACAUUGUAACUGGUGUGCCACCUUGUGGUAGACUUAAACAGAACUGCAGUUGCAUUUUGUCUCAUAAUAGUGGACAGUAGAUCAAAGAAAGGAGGAGCUUGGGGCCAGGGGGGGGGAUGAUUUUGCCAUUCAGACUUAGAAGGACACAGUGGGAGAAGAUCCAUGUUCAGGAGACACCUUUGGGCGGGGUGAUAUAUUGGGAGAAAGCCCCGUGAAGAGACAUUGGAUUAAAAGUGUCAGAAAUCAAUAGAAGGGAAGGGGAGAGUAUAUUAUUUUCAAGGAAAAAUCAGUAACUGUGUCAGGCAGGGCAGACCCUUCAUCUUGCUGUCUGCUUUGAUGCCCUGUAUAGUUUUACAUCUUAACGUGUACAUUACAUACAUGAGAGGUGUUCUGGGCCUUCUGGUGUCCAAAGGGUAUUUAAUCAAUGAUCAUAUGCUAAUAAAUUGAGUAUAAAUCCCAGUGAUCAUGGAAAGCUAAAUCUCUUAAGAGCAGCCACUUGUAUACAUAUGGAGAGAUUUCUUUUCAGAAGGGGAGGGAAUAUGCAGUACAAAGUCUGGGUACUGUUAACUGCUGUUUAUGUUCCUUCCUGGAUGUUAUGGGCCCUUUUCAUUCCUGGAAUUCCUCCCCUUCCAUUCUAUACUGGAGGUUUUUUUAAGGAGAAAACGGAAAUUAAAUCUAAAAAGGUUACUCCGUUUGUCCAAGAACUUAUUCAGCUUUUUACAUGAGCAGAACCAUGUGUUGUGCCAUGAAACCAGCUUUUCAAAGCCCUGAGGAUUCUGUACAGUCUCUUUGGAACGCAGCACUAGCAGCUAUUUUCCUUCUGCUCACAGUUCUUUGGCUCUAAGCAUGUUGUGAUUUUUAAAAUAUGUUACCUCGUCAGCUCUUUUGAGGGCCCUAGUGAGCAGAAAAUAAAACCUCCCUGUGUUUUCCCCCUCCUGUUUACAAUAUGACUGAAGUUUAUCUGCCAGCAAUUAUUAUUCAGAAUAUCUUCCGUUAUUCCAGGUAAUGAAGCAGAAUGGGUCGUCGCAGACACUCAAUAAACCCUACAAUAAAGCAAUGGGCAAGCUGGAGGGCGUGAAGAAGGAUUACGACGCACUGAGGAAGCGGUACAAUGAGAAGAUGGCGAGCUACAAUACUGAUCUGAGCCGAUUAGAGCAGAAGGAAGGCGAAAACAGGCGACUCCAGAAGCAGAUUGACAAGCUGAGCAGAAGGUAGAAGAUGCUUUUGCCAGAAAGCCAUUUCAUGUUUUUGUUUUUUACUAGAACAAACUUGACACUCAAGUUACCUCUCUGAACUUUCCUGGCUUUAGUCAUGGUUUUUUUGCUUGCUCCCUAGUGACCAAAAAUCGAACAAACAAAGUUGACCUGACUGAGCAGCCACAUUUUGUUCAUGUGUUUGCUCCAGCCACAUAUAAAGUGCUGUGUAUGUGUGCCUGUGUGAGGGCUGCAUCCCAUGAUGCAAAAAACUUUUGUGCACACAGUGACACCUCCUCUUUCUCUCCUCUGGAGCACAUUUGGGGGAGAGAUGUGGAGGUAGAGAGGAAACUGCAGUCCUGCUGCAGAAGUGGAUUUCUGCUUGCACAGUGUUCAAUAUAAUUUUAUGUGUCCCAUGUGUAAGUAAAAACAUCAUACGUGGGUGAACUAUUCCCCUCCCCUGCACCAUGGUUUGUGAAGUGAAAGGAGCUCAUCUCCUUUCACCAACAUUUCUUUUAUAAUGAGAUGAGAACCACUGCUUCUCUCCCCCCUGCCACUCCCACAUUGAAAUGUGAGCAGGGCAGUAAUGUGACAAAGAAAACAUGGCUGACUCUCCCACUUCUUAUUUACUCCUUUACACAGUUUAGUUUGGUGUGUAAAAGAGGAAGGAAGCUUUCAUAGGGCUGCGUUUCGCUUACAAGUGGUGAAAAGACUUGCUGUGACUGUCCUCCCACCUCUCUUUAGGUUUGAGACCGGGCAGCAAGAACUGAGCAAGGCCACUGCCCAAAACAAGGAGCUACAGAGAGAGAUGGAGCGGAUGCAGGCAGAAGUGACAAGGUUUAAGACAAUGCAGCUGAAAGCAGUGAAGGAUGCACAGAAGUACAAGGAAGAGAGGGACGCCGUUUUCACCGAGUAUUGUCUCAUCAUGAGCGAGAGGGACGAAGUCCUCAAUGAAAUGGAUAGGCUGGAUACAGAGUUGGAACUUGCCGAAUCCAAAUUGAAAAACAUGUCCUCAGAGAAAAGAGUGGCUAGUGGGGAAAUGGAAGCCUUAAGACAGGUAUGGUAUUGUAUGGCACUUGCUCUGGCCAGAAAGAGUUGUUCAAACCUAGUGGUGUUGACUGUGUAACUCUGCGAGUUUCUAGACCAGUCUUCCUCAUCCCAGUGCCCUCCAGAUAUUUAGAACUACAGCUGGCAAAACAAAAGUCUUAAGUAUUAUUGCCCUCUGUGCCAAUCAUCCCUUGGUCAGAAUUAACUUCUCUGAUUUCUCUAUUAUUACUUUGGGGCUGCAGAGUGUUUCAAUUUUUUAUGCAAGCAAAUAUGUGUUGCAGCCUUAAAGAUAUUUGCUAGUUGCAUCUAAUUCAUGCAGUGUGCUGUAUUAUUCCUUCUUAUGCAUGGCACAGGCUUUCAAAAAUUCAGUGUGUUUUCAUUAAGAGAAAGACUUUCUUGUACACUUAAUGUACCUCCAAUGAUGGAUUUUUAUUUUAUUUCAGGAGCUGAACUCGGUGAAGGAAGAGAGAGGUGUGGCUAGGAAGAAAGAAACAGAAGCCAUUAUCCAGGUAGGGUGGGCUCAUGGAAUGAUAGUGUACAGUUAAGAUGCCCAGUUACAGUGGUACCUCAGGUUACAGAUGCUUCAGGUUACAGACUCUGCUAACCCAGAAAUAGUACCUUGGGUUAAGAACUUUGCUCCAGGAUGAGAACAGAAAUUGCACUGCAGCGGCAGCAGGAGGCCCCACAGCUAAAGUGGUAUCUCAGGUUAAGAACAGUUUCAGGUUAAGAACGGACCUCCAGAACGAAUUAAGUUCUUAACCCGAGGUACCACUGUAUUUGCUAGGGGCUGCAGCCCUGUUGCAUUCAGUUGAAACUGUUCUCAGGAUGGCAGUCCAGAACUAGGGGAAGAAAACAAUAGGCAGUAAUGUUGACUUUGUUUUUAGGGUGGUAAAUAGUUCAACUGCAAUAUGAAAAUAAGGGCCACAUUAGCUACUGGUGAUUUGUGUGUGCUCCAUGCAUGUAUGAGUGGUGUGUGUUUGUAGCUAAAGACAGCAAUUUCUCGAUAAUACAGGGAUGGGAAUUUAUUUUUAAGAAUAAAAAGGCUGUAUGGAGUAAGGAGUGCAGAACCCUACCUUCAAAUGUUUUCUCCCUCCCAGCUGAGCACAGUUCCAAUAUGUGAGCUCAGUUGAGGAGGAAAGCAUUCGGGAGAAGGAUAGCAGGGAGGGGACAAUGGUGCCCCACUCCUUACCCAUACAUUCCUUUUGGUUUUUUAUUCUUUAAAAAAAGAUGUCCCCCAUGAGAUUGAUAUAUCUCCAUAUAACUACCAGGGAAUGCAGUUGGAUUUUUCUCUGUAAUAAGUAAACUUGUUCCGGAGGAGCACUUUAUAUUGCUUACAGCAGAAAUCUUGCACAUCUCUUGUGAAAUUCUGGGCCUAAAGGAGUUUUCCCCCUCUUUCGUAUUAAGCCUGACUGUUUUUCCUUUUGUACUUUAAAGUAG